UCCACCCAGUUCUCCCAGUCCCUGAAACACAUUCGUUCCGGAUCGCCUAUUGUUUCAAAUUUUAAUUGACGCUGUAAUUUUGCAGGUUUAACCCUUUAUUCCCCACUUUUAGUAGAUCAAUAAUUAGUAGGUGAUCACACAUACACAUCACAGUGGGGUAUAGAAACUUGAGAAAAGAGAGAGUUUUGUUUCUUCCUUUUUUUGGGCUCUUAGCUUCGUUUUGUUUUCCUCUUCUUCUUGUGAACGUGAUUCCAUUUUUGUUCUCCUUAUCAAUGCAGUCCAUCGAAACGAAUCGAAUCGACAUCGACAUCACUAGACUCGGACAAAUCUGUUUUGAUUUAGAUUUACUUGUUUGUUCAUAGAUUUCACACAAAUUGUAGGAAAUAUCCAUUUUCUUUUCAUUGCCAGUUCAAGAAGAAGACGACUUUACCAUCUUUUCAUGAUCUGAACCCUAAAAUGUGCUAUUCGGUUCUCGUUUGAGUCCAUUUUUGUUUAUUAUUUUAAUGCAUCAAUUUCCCCCCUUUCUUUUUCAUUCGAAUAGAAAUCUAAGACGUGUUGAGCUGUUAUUCUAUCUUCUUCUCUUGUUUACUUCUCCCUCACUCUCUCCCUACUCUGUUUCUGUUUCGGUGGCCUGCAGGCUGUAAUCGAGUAAGAGAAUUUUUGGACUAUUCAACCAAAUCUACAGAGCUCCAUUAUAAGAACAUCUAAAUGUCUCCCUUAACUGAACUGAAGACUCUUUGCUUCAACUUCUCUCGCACCCACGCGUCCGUUUUUCCUUAACUCUCUCUCUCUUUCUCUGCUACUUUUUUUCUUUUGUUUGCUUCUCUUUUGAGGGUAGAUUGUCUCAUUGUCAUGUGGGUUCUGUCAUCUUUUGGAGGCUGGAGCUUAUCAAUCCUCGCUGGAGCUCUUUGAGAGUUAUUGUGACUGAGGUAGGUUUCUGACAUCACAGAGGGAAAAGGAGGAAAAUAAGGAGGGAUUAAUGGCACCGUCGUUUGGUUGGUGGGCGAAGAAGAACCACCGUGGAAUGCCGGUGGUCGUGAAGAUGGAGAACCCUAACUGGUCCAUGGUUGAGUUAGAGGGUCCUCUGAAAGAAAACUUCCUCCUUGAUGGAGGGAGAAGUGAGAACGAUGACAAGGUUAGAGGGAAGAACGCCAAACAGCUCACUCUAGUUCUUCUCCUAAGAGCUCACAGGGCUGCUGGCUGUCUCACUUCCAUCGCUUCGGCAAUGUUGGGUCUUGCUGCCGCUGUAAGGCGUCGGUUGGCUUCUGGAACGACCGAUUCGGAGAUUGGGAGCGAGAUCGAGAAUGAGAACCCUAGAGUUAGGAGGCGAAUCUAUGCUUUUAUCAGGGUUUUCUUGUGGUUCUCCCUCCUGUUGUUGGGGUUUGAGGUUGUGGCCUACUUCAAGGGUUGGCAUUUUGGGACUCCCGACCUGCAACUGCAACGCAUCUUGUCCACGCCCUGGGGAGUCCGGGGGAUUUUUGAUUCUCUCUAUUCUAAAUGGGUCAUGAUCAGGCUGGAGUACCUCGCUCCAACUCUCCAAUUCCUCGCCAAUGUCUGUAUUGCUCUCUUCCUCAUACAGAGUGCCGACCGUUUGAUCCAAUGCUUGGGUUGCUUCUGGAUCCGAUUGAGGAAAAUCAAACCAAUCCCCCCCAGAAGGACAAAUGAGGAUAUUGAAUCCAACGAUGGCAAUGUAGGCGACUUCUUCCCCAUGGUUCUGGUUCAGAUUCCGAUGUGCAACGAGAAGGAGGUUUAUCAACAAUCCAUUGGUGCCGUCUGCAACCUAGAUUGGCCGAGGUCGAAUCUACUGAUCCAAGUGCUGGACGAUUCCGAUGAUCCGACAACACAAUUGCUGAUCAAGGAGGAGGUUCAUAAAUGGCAGCAGGAGGGUGCCCCCAUCGUCUACAGACAUCGGGUUAUCAGGGACGGGUACAAAGCGGGCAAUCUCAAGUCCGCUAUGAAUUGCAGCUACGUCAAGGACUAUGAGUUCGUCACCAUAUUUGAUGCUGAUUUCCAACCCACCCCAGACUUCCUCAAGAGGACAAUUCCUCACUUCAGGGGCAACGAUGAAUUGGCAUUGGUUCAAGCCAGGUGGUCGUUCGUGAACAAGGAUGAGAACCUGCUCACGAGGUUGCAGAACGUAAACCUGUCUUUCCACUUCGAGGUGGAGCAGCAGGUGAAUGGGAUUUUCAUCAAUUUCUUUGGCUUUAAUGGGACUGCUGGUGUGUGGAGGAUAAAGGCUUUGGAAGAAUCAGGUGGAUGGAUGGAAAGGACCACCGUUGAGGACAUGGACAUUGCCGUCCGGGCUCAUCUCCAUGGCUGGAAAUUUAUCUUCCUCAAUGACGUUGAGUGCAAAUGUGAGCUACCAGAAUCUUACGAAGCUUACCGUAAACAGCAACAUAGAUGGCAUUCUGGGCCGAUGCAGUUGUUUCGCCUCUGUUUACCCGACAUUAUCCGAUCAAAGAUUAGUGUGUGGAAGAAAGCCAACCUCAUCUUCCUCUUCUUCCUCCUCAGAAAAUUGAUCCUACCUUUCUAUUCUUUUACCCUCUUCUGCAUAAUUCUUCCAUUGACGAUGUUCGUACCAGAAGCAGAGCUUCCGGCCUGGCUGGUGUGCUAUAUUCCAGUAACCAUGUCUUUCCUAAAUAUCAUGCCGGCCCCAAAAUCCUUCCCCUUCAUCGUGCCAUACCUUCUGUUCGAGAACACCAUGUCAGUGACCAAGUUUAAUGCCAUGGUGUCGGGCCUCUUCCAGCUGGGGAGUGCUUACGAGUGGGUGGUCACCAAGAAGUCUGGGCGUUCCUCCGAGGGUGAUAUUGCGUCUGUGGUUGAGGAGGAGCCCAAGAAGCAGCAACAGAAGGAGCAAGGAAAAAAGAAGCACAACAGGAUAUAUACGAAGGAGUUGGCGUUGGCUUUUCUUCUGCUUACUGCGGCGGCGAGAAGCUUGCUUUCUGCGCAGGGUAUACAUUUCUACUUCCUCCUAUUUCAGGGAAUUUCUUUCCUGUUGGUGGGUCUCGACCUGAUUGGCGAACAGGUCGACUGACUGAGCAACUCAAAACUCAAAAGAGACAGAGAUAGGCAGAGUGGGGUGCCGCCGUGACGGAUGAAUGUUUGGAACCCUAGAGUGAAGUGGGCGAGUGGGCGGGCGGGCGAUGGAUUCGAGUGACAGUGCUGUGCUCUUUAUGAGAAGUGAUAAGAAUCCCGAAAUAACCAUAUACAAUUGUCCAUUCCUCAAAGGCUAACUCUUCCCAAAGUAAUUCUUUUCUUGUAGAUACUAUUUUUUUCUUUUGGGAAGAUCCUAAUUCAUAUCAGCUGUAAAUGCAAUUCAAUUAAGCAAAAAAAGUUCCCAAUACAACAUAAACUUGUGGUUGCGGCUUGGGACUGAUCAGAACUCAGAAGGGGUUGGUUAACGAAAAAGGCAAAUCAAUGUAAUGGACAAACCUCUUCAAUUAUUGAAAUUUGAAUCACAUGGGAAGAAUUCGACCAAAA